UUGUUGAAAUCUGUCUGUUCCAUUGGUUUCUCCAAGUUGCGAAGUUCUGAGAUGGAGGCCACUCUUUGCCGCAACUUGGAUUUCAAACCAUCCCGUUGCUCGCCACUCUCAACCAAACUCAAGAAACCCACUUCACGACCAUGUCAUUCUCAGCGAUUUUCAUGCUUAUAUCGCCGGAGAAGCGAUAGUUGGAGAGCGUUAAUAAUGCCCUGUGCUUGGUACAAACCAAAGUCCGAGGAACAACAUCUCGGUUGCCAAGAACUGCUCGGAUCACUCGGGAAAGGGUUUUUCGGGUUUGCCGCCUCGGCCGCCGCUUUGGUUUCGGUCUGUUGCGAUUCCCCGGUUCUCGCCGAGUCCCUAACCGUCGCUUUUCCUGUCUCACGAGCUCAAGAGGUGAAUACAGUUCAAAGAACACUUGUGGAGGCUUGGGGUUUGAUCCGAGAAACAUUCAUAGACCCAACUUUUAAUCAUCAAGAUUGGGAUUCCAAGUUGCAACAAACAAUGGUGGAAAUGUUUCCCCUGAGGUCCGCCGAUGUGGCAUAUACGAAAAUAAGUGGAAUGCUUUCUACACUUGGAGAUCCAUUUACGCGGAUUAUCAGUCCAAAGGAAUAUCAAAGCUUCAGGAUUGGAAGUGAUGGGAACUUGCAGGGAGUUGGAAUUUUUAUAAAUGUUGAACCAAGAACAGGCCAUUUGGUUGUUUUGUCUUGUGUAGACGGUAGCCCAGCUGCUCGUGCUGGCAUACAUGAAGGAGAGGAGUUGAUCGAGAUUAAUGGGGAGAGGCUCGACGGCCUUAAUAGUGAAGCAGCUGCACAGAAACUUAGAGGGAGUGCUGGAACAGCUGUAACAGUAAAAUUGCAGAGCAUAAAAGAUUCGGGAGGUGAUUCUAGUAUCAGAGAGGUCAAACUACCUAGGGAGUACAUUAAGCUUUCUCCCAUAUCCUGUGCCAUUAUUCCUCAUAGAGCUGCAGAUGGCCGUCUGACAAAAACUGGUUAUGUGAGGCUCUCAGCUUUCUCUCAGAGUGCUGCUGCUGAUAUGGAAAAUGCAAUUCAUGAAAUGGAAAGUCAGGAUGUCCAGGCAUAUAUACUUGAUCUGAGGAAUAAUCCUGGGGGCCUGGUAAAAGCAGGACUUGAUGUAGCCCAAAUAUGGCUUGAUGGGGAUGAGACUCUUGUGAAUACAAUUGAUCGGGAUGGAAAUAUGUCACCCAUCAACAUGUUCAAUGGGCAUGCCUUGACUCAUGAUCCACUUGUCGUGCUUGUAAAUGAGGGAAGUGCAAGCGCAAGUGAGAUUUUGGCAGGAGCUCUACAUGACAAUGGCAGGGCUAUUCUUGUUGGGCACAAAACCUUUGGGAAAGGAAAAAUUCAGAGUGUCACAGAGCUCCACGAUGGUUCGGCCCUCUUUGUAACGGUUGCAAAGUAUCUAUCGCCCGCACUUCAUGACAUAGAUCAGGUUGGCAUAACACCCGAUGUGCAGUGCACAACAGACAUGCUAAGUUCUCCCAAGGAUUUCUUGUUGAAGGAUAAGAGCUCGGUUUCCUCUCUGGAAACGGAUUCCUGUAUCAUGGUGGCAGAGCAUGAACUGGACAUUCAGCAAUCCAAAGGGACUGCCUCUUGAAACAUGGCUUGCGCUGUCAUAUUGCUUUGCAUCAUUGAAAAUUGCUGUAUAGAUGCUUAGGAAGAAUAUACACGUCACAAUGUCUGUUGUGCAUGUACUUGUUAUGGUUAUUUUGUGGGCUUACAACUCAGUGGAUAUGUGUAGGUAUUUUUUAAAGUAUAGAAAAAAGAGAGCUCCUUGAUUUCUA